UGUCCUCUCCAUGAAUCGCUUCGGAUUCGGAAAUCGAGUUCGGAAUCGAAUCGGAGCGCUCCGCCCACCUAUAACCUUUGAAGCCGCACCGCUCCUCUCCAUUGACGCCCAAGCCACUAUUCGCUCACUUCUCCUUCGCGCCCGCCAUGCCCACAAUGACAGUGCAGUCCGCGACCAUGCGCAGGCUGCGCCGCGAGCUCGAGAACAGCCGUAGCAAGGCAGCCCUCGCGCCGAGAGGAGGUGUCGCCAAGAAACCCUCCUCGGCGCCGUCGCACAUCUCUUCUGCACCGCCGCGUUGCUCUGCACCAACGACCCCGCUCGCGCCACGUCGAGUCGACGGUGACGCCCGACUGGACCGCGCGCGGCCGUCCUCGGUCUCCCCUUCGCGCCACGCCGGCCCGCACCUCAUCGGGAACUCGUCCAUCAGGGAGGGAGCGCAGGUGCGCGUGCGCACGCCGGUCGGGACACUGCGCACGGGGCAGCGCCUCGUGCUCUGGCUCAGCGCGGUCGUCGUCUCUGCCGUGGACGAGGAGGACGGCUACCUCAGCGUCGUCUACAACAACGGCACGUUCCCGCGCGACGACCCCUUCGGCACCGUGCGCGUCGCAAGGAAACACGUCAAGAACAUGCCGCCCACCGCCGCGUCCACGGGUUCUUCCACCGUUGUCACCACCGAUCGCUCUUCGCACCCGUCACAGAACAAAGCCGCUCUACGGCCGACCGUCGCCGGGAAGAAGCUGCCCUUGCUGAAGAAGCUGGAGAAGGAUAUGCAGAGAUGCUCCAAGGCUAUCAUGGACUGCUGGUAG